GGUGUGUCUUUGUUUUAUUUUGGUUUUUGGUGUUCUUUUUGGAUAGAUUAUCUGAGUUUCUUGGAUCUGUGUUAUGAUAUCGUUCAUUAUUUUUGGAAAAUUCCCAAUCAUUAUGUCUUCAGAUACUUCUGUCCCAUUCUCCCUUUGGGGACCCCAAUACAGGUUUGUUAGGCUGUUUAAUAUUGUACCACAGCUCUUGGAUUCUCUGCCUUUUUUUUUCCCCUUUUACUUUCUCUUUGUGUUUCAGUUUGGGUAAUUUCUUUUGACCAGUCUCAGAUUUACUGAAAGUUUCUUCAGCUCUGUUGAGUGUACUAAUGAGCCUAUUGAAAGUAUUCUGUCAACUUUGUUACUGUACUUUUGUUAGUAUUUCCAUUUGAUUUUCUUCUUUUGAAGUUUCUAGCUCUUGAAAUUCCCUAUUUGUUCAUUCAUGUUACCCACCUUUUCAUUAAAGCUUUAAUAUAUGAAUCAUGGCUGCUUUAAAUUCUCUGAUAAUUUAAUCAGUUGAGGUUUCUGUUGAUAGUGGGUUGUCUUAGUCCUGCCUUUUUGAGUGUCUUGUAACAUUUGAUUGAAGGUGAGUGCUGUCAGCAUGGUUCUUUCUGGCCCUCUGAAGAGGCAAAGGGACUCUCCCAGGAGGCGAUAUUUUGCCAGUUCUACCUCCUCUGCCUUUACCCCAAAACUGCAGAAAAUGAACAAAUCCCAGGGAUCAGUGUCAUUCACGGAUGUGACUGUGGACUUCACCCAGGAGGAAUGGGAGCAACUGGACCCCUCUCAGAGGAUCCUCUACAUGGAUGUGAUGCUGGAGAAUUAUAGCAACUUAUUAUCAGUGGAGGUAUGGAAAGCUGAUGACCAGAUGGAGGAUGACCCCAGAAACCCAGACGAGCAGGCAAGGCCAUUUGUAAUCUUUAAGAACCAUAUGCCAAUUGAAGAAGAAGAUAAUCUCUUUGGAAAAACUUUUAAUCUUAGCACAGACUUUGUUUCUUUAAGACAAGUACCCUAUAAGUAUGACUUAUAUGAAAAAACUUUGAGAUAUAAUUCAGACUUACUUAAUAGUAAUAGAAGCUAUGUAAGAAAGAAAGCUGAUGACUGUAAUGGAUUUGGAAAAGCGCUCCUCUAUCUGAAGCAAGAGAAAACCCACACUGGAGUAGAAUACUCUGAAUAUAAUAGAAGUGGAAAAGCCUUUGGCCAUAAAGAAGCCAUUUUUAAACACCAGAAAAUUAGAAAUUUGGUACAACCUUUUAUUUGUAAUUAUUGUGACAAGGCUUUCUCCUUCAAGUCACUCCUCAUUAGUCAUAAGAGAAUACAUACUGGAGAAAAACCUUAUGAAUGUAAUGUGUGUAAGAAAACCUUCUCCCAUAAGGCAAACCUCAUUAAACAUCAGAGAAUUCAUACUGGGGAGAAACCCUUUGAAUGUCUUGAAUGUGGAAAAGCUUUCACCCACCAGUCAAACCUCAUUGUACACCAGAGAGCACAUAUGGAGAAGAAGCCCUAUGAAUGCAGUGAAUGUUGCAAGACAUUUGCCCAGAAGUUUGAACUUACUACACACCAGAGAAUUCAUACAGGAGAACGACCCUAUGAGUGUAAUGAAUGUGCAAAAACCUUCUUCAAGAAAUCAAACCUCAUUAUACACCAGAAAAUUCACACAGGGGAGAAACGCUAUGAGUGCAGUGAAUGUGGAAAAUCCUUUAUCCAGAACUCCCAGCUCAUUAUACAUAUGAGAACUCAUACAGGAGAGAAACCCUACGAAUGUACUGAGUGCGGCAAAACAUUCAGCCAGAGGUCGACUCUUAGAUUACAUUUGCGAAUCCAUACAGGAGAGAAACCGUAUGAGUGUUCUGAGUGUGGGAAGGCCUUCAGCAGGAAGUCCCGACUCAGUGUCCAUCAGAGAGUUCAUGCAGGGGACAAAGCCUGAGACAGCAGCUGGGUUGUACCUGUGGAGAACUCUUCCUAUGGGGAGAAACCUGGUGAAGGUGCUGAAGGAGGGUGGGAGCUCAUACUGAGAUACAAUCUAUCAACUCAAAAAUGGGUAAAAUAGGAUCUCCUAAGAACGAUACUGUAGUGAAAGUUUUGAUACUCAACUAAGGAAUACAUAUCAGAAUGUAUCCAAUUGUAAAUAGACAAAAGAAAGCUUUUUAAAAUUUUGAAUGAAUUACUCAGUAAUGAAAUAUUCUGGGCAACAGCAUAAAAGCUCUACAGACAGUACCUUAGGAAUUCAGUGGUUAUGUGUGAGAAUAUGCUGCAAAACACAAAUUUUGUAUUUUAAAUCUGCACGUGUACAUUUAACCCAGUCACUGGGAGUUGGAAAUUCUUGUCCUGAUAAUUAGGACACAGCAAACAAGAUUUUCCAUACUAAACAGCACAUGUGUUUCUCAGUACCUUCACAGUCCAGUAUGCAUUCCAAGUGACGUAUACACCAGAUUUUAGUAUGUUUUCUCCUCCUGCUUGCUGGCGUAGGUAAGUCGGCAGCACCUUGUUACUGAGCUGCUUCUUCAAUAAACAGAAGACAGUGCUGUUGAAGUUUUAACCGUCUGGGUUUGCUGAAGAUUUCCUUUGGAAGUAUUAUUGACAUGAAUAUGCAAGUGUGAGAUCAUUCAGAGAGUGACAGGAGGCCAGCACAGGGUCCGUCACGCGGAGUGCACCCCCGCGCAGGUGGGCCGCCGAGGAAUACCCACCCCGGUCUUGCUCUCCUUACUUUUCAGUGCGGUAUCUACAUACAGUGCAUGUCUUUUACCAAAAUACUGUACAACCCAGAACUACUUGUAUUUUUGUGUGUUUCCCUGUUUCUCUUAAUGUUUUAUAACUGUCUUGCAAAAAUUAGGAUGUGUCUGUAGUUCAAAAAUGUUACAUUUCAGAGACAUUAGAGGAAAAUAAUUUAUUUUAAGAAACUAUCAAUAAAUGUCUUUUACUGCUUUUUAAAAUUUCCAAGUGCAUAGUCCACUUUAGAAAUAAAUUUUUGCAGUGUUCUGUUUAAAAGAGGCAUUUCUGCUUCCAUGAGUUUACUGUCAUCCACCAAAAGCUGUUCCCUUUGGAACCUGACUUACUAAGUUAUCUCUUUCCUUUAAAAGCUCACACUUUAUUUAUAAGUUAGACUUUUCAGCAGGCUCUCCAUAUAUUGGUCAUUAACCUAAAAAAUUUUCUUAUUUUUGCUUAACUCAAAGAUACACCAUUUUAGACUUGAUUUCAAAUUCACAAGUUCCUUUCCUUAUCAAUUACAAAUCAUGCAUUAGAAUUGUAAGUGGUAACUAUAACUGGCCUUUUUUCUUUUAGUUAUUUUUGAAGAUUAUUGAUGUGCUGUGACUAUGUAUGAACCUGAAUGAUUUUCUGAACAAAUUUAUAUCCAUAGUCCAAUAAGUUUUUUGUCUUUCUAAAUUGUCAUCUUACCUGCUAUGGCAAGGAAGCAGUGGAAGAGGUUAAUUUCAUACACUGCUGUUAGAAAUAUAAAUUGUGACAACCUCCUUGGCAAUCAUUGUGACUGUCUUUUAACAUUAAGAAUAUAUGUGCAGUUGACCCUUGGAUAACAUGGGUUUGAAAUGCGCGGGCACACUUAUACAGAUUUUUUUUCAGUAAAUACAUACUGCAGUGCUACACAGUCCGCGGUUGGUUGAAUCUGUGGAUGCAGAACCUUGGAUGGCGGAUCAACUGUGAUUAUACUUGGGUUACACUUGGGCUACCAUCUGCGCAGAGGGUCAGUGCCCCAAACCCCUGUGCUGUUUAAGGACCAACUGUACUCCUCAACCCAGUAGACUUGCUUCUGGGACUCUAUCCCUAAGAAAAAAAUAAAGUGCCAGUACCUCAGAUUAUAUGUUUAUCAGUGUAUAUUUUUUGGUAAGGACAAAAAAAGGAAACAAUAUGAAUGACCAUCAGUAAGGGAAUGAUUAAAUAAACUUGUAAAGAUACUCCAUGGCUGGAUGAAAUUCCAUGGAAAAGAGUGUGUAGGAGCAAAUGCCGCCAGGUCAGAUGGGGGCACAGGAGGGGGAGAAAGCGUGUGCAUGUGUACACCAAGUUUUCUAAAAUAAAGAUCUAAAAAGGUG